AUGGCCGAAAACGCCAUCGGUAUCAUUGCGCGGUCGGGCGCACUACGACCAGCAGUCUCGCGCCGCUCGCUCGCCGUCCUGGCCAACAGCCGCUUCACCAUUCAGAGAGCUGCCUUUAGUUCGCAACCGCCACGCUACCUUCCCUCUGCCGACUCGCUCUUCUCCCGUUCUACCGGCUCAGGCGAGCCCACAAGCUACUUCCAGCGCUCAUCACUACCCGCCAACACCAUUGUCAAGUUCGUGCCUCAGCAAACAGCAUGGAUCGUCGAGCGCAUGGGCAAGUUCAGCCGCAUCUUGCAGCCCGGUCUUGCCAUUCUCGUUCCUCUGAUUGAUCGUAUCGCCUACGUCAAGAGUCUCAAAGAAGCCGCCAUCGAGAUCCCCUCCCAGAGCGCCAUCACCGCCGACAACGUUACUCUCGAGCUGGACGGCGUACUCUACACCCGCGUCUUUGAUCCUUACAAGGCCAGCUACGGUGUUGAAGAUGCCGAGUACGCCAUCUCACAACUCGCCCAAACCACAAUGCGUUCCGAAAUUGGUCAGCUGUCUCUCGAUCAUGUCUUGAAAGAGCGUGCUGCCUUGAACACAAACAUCACACAAGCCAUCAACGAGGCUGCACAGGACUGGGGUGUCACUUGUUUGCGUUAUGAGAUCCGCGAUAUUCACGCUCCCGCUGGUGUCGUCGAAGCCAUGCACCGUCAAGUCACUGCCGAGCGUAGCAAGCGUGCCGAGAUUCUGGAAUCCGAGGGUCAACGUCAGAGUGCAAUCAACAUCGCCGAAGGUCGCAAGCAGAGUGUCAUCCUGGCGUCCGAGGCCUUGCGUGCUGAGCAAAUCAACAUGGCCACUGGUGAAGCCGAAGCCAUCCUCCUCAAGGCCAAGGCCACUGCUGCUGGAAUCGACGCUGUCUCAAACUCGAUCGCUUCAGGCAAGGAGAGCGCCCAAGGUGCCGUCAGUCUCAGUGUUGCCGAGAAGUACGUCGAUGCCUUCGGCAAGCUGGCCAAGGAGGGUACCAGCGUGGUUGUUCCCGGCAAUGUUGGAGAUAUUGGCAGCAUGAUCGCCACCGCUAUGGGCGUCUACGGCAAAGUCAACGAAAGCCAGGCCCGCACAAUGGCCCCUAAGCAAGUCUCUGCCUCUUCAGAAUCAUCUCCUACACAAAAACCAUCCAAUGAGCCUCAAAGCGUGACGGAUAGCGUGCUUGAAAGCUUCGAAGACACUCGUGCCAAGCACUAG